UGUUGGGUUGCAUUGCAUCUGAGCUUUCAGAAGACAACAGAGCUCACACAAUCUGUCAAUGGCAAAUCCAACUCUCUCAUAUCUCUUUCUCGCUCUUCUCGGUGUUCACUCGCUCUUCGUUGUCUUUGCGUACGCCGAUUCCCAUUUCGAAGGUUUCGAAGCCGAAGACGACGAUGAAAUCGAAGACGCUUCCAUCGAUCCCGCAUCUCUCCGAUCACCGCCCCUCUCCGACCCCACCCCUCUCGCCACCGAUCCAACUCCCCAACCUCCGCCCUCCGAUCUCCCUAAGUCCCCUCCCGCCACCACCACCACCUUCGAUUUUUGGGACGACGACGAAUUCGAGGGCGUUCCAGUCGAACACCCCUCCCCCGAACCUCCCUCCGAUCCCAAAUCAACUGAAAACGCCACCGCCACCCAAACCCCUCCAAUCCCUAAUUCUCCCCGCUCCUUCACCGUGGAGAUCGUCUGCGGAUCCUUUCUCAUCAUGUUCGCCAUCAAUUACUUCACUGGCAAGCGCGAGAACGAGAACAUCGCUCUCUCCUGGGCUGCGCAGUUCGCUGCCAAGGAUUCUAUCUUCGAGAAGAAUUUCAGCCUUCUAGGGAUCGGCGACGGCGGCGAUGAUUCGCCCUUGCUGCUGAAGGAGGGGCAGACGACGUUCAAGUUCUACGCGAGCGGGAGAAGGUACUGCCAGGGGUUGUUGGCGACGCUCGAGUUGAAAAGCAGGCACGAUCUCAUCGCGAGGAUCUACAACAUGAUCGUGCCCUGCAGGGAUGAGAUCGCGUUCGAAGUGUACAUGAACGAUGACGCCAUGGAUCAUGUGGUUUUCGCAAUGGCCAAGAAGAAGGCUGCCAAGGCCAUGCACAAGGAUGUGAGGGAUUUGCAAAGGUUCGGCAGCGUUCUCUCCCCUCCCUCUUCCAGGAAGUGGGUUGCUGAUGACCUCGCCGUUAUCUCUGAAUCCAAGGAAGUAGCUGCUGAUUUGAUCACCGACGCCGUCAUUGAUCAGGUUUUUGGUGACAAAGCUUUUGAAAAAUUUGGAAAAGGUUUAAUUUCAUUGCAUUUCUCCGAUCAGCACCCUGGUAUACACAAGAAGGUAUUGUUGUUCAAGUUUGUGCUUCCUGCUGCCAAGAACAUGGCUGACAUGACUCGGCUGGUGGCUCUUGUUCCGUAUUAUAUUGAUUUGAUCGGAAGAUAUAAAUUAAGUUCACAGGCUCGGUCAAAGACAGAGGGUGCACGACAAAAGGCUGCUCUGGAGGCACAGAAAGAACUCCGAAAUGCACAACAAGAGGCCAUGCAGAGAAGAAAGGCGGAGAGGAAAAAGAUGAUGGAGGAGGCAGAGGCAAAGUUAAGUGCAGAGGCUAUUCGAAAGAAAGAAGCAAAAGAGCGUGCUCGUCAAAUGAAGAAGUCAAUGCCAAGGAUGAAAAUGGCCCGUGGUGCGUAAUUCUUGAAUGUUGUCUGUGAAACUUGAUGAGUUUAAGGCCUUCCCCACCCACCUUAAUGUUUGAAUGUUGUGGGACCCUUCCCUCUUGCCUUCUGCCUUUUGUAGAAUUUACGGCAAUGUACCUUUUUAGUUGGCAUUUCCUCCUAAACUUUUAGCUGGCUAGAUAGGCCUCACCACGUCUUAGGUGGAUUUUGAAUGUACCAAAAUUUCCAUUUUAGAGACAUUUUAUUUACGACUUCUUCAUAACUUCUUGAUAACAAGUUAAAUCUAUUUAUUCUACCUCCCA